GCCAUUUGGCCGACACUAUGAAUCUGAGCAAUAUAUCGACGAUUUGCAAGAAUGGAAAACUCAAUAAAUUGGAGACAAUCAAAGAGGCCAUUGAGACCAUCAAUAAGUUAGUCAAAAGGGAACAGCAAUUGUCAUAUAUCCGCAAAUUGUUGUCGAUGUGGAACCACAAGCUCGUCCUCUGCGACAAAGUGACACAAAAAGAUGUGAAACCGGAAGCCAUAAAAGUGGUGAGCGAUGUGAUGAAGUCAUAUAAGACGAGUGUCUGCUAUAAAGUCGGAGAAGCGUUAGAGAAGAAGAGCCGAGAAUUGCAACACAAACGCGCUCAACUGUUGUCUAAUGGGAUGACAACGUAUUCACUGCAAGAGAACAAAACUUUGUGUAACUCCUCUCCGGUCACGAAUUCGGUGCAAAUCCCAGUCCCAGUCAUUCCAUUCAAAGUCCCAAUCAAACGGAUUCAC